AUGUUGAUGAAUGCGCAAAAGGAACUCACAAAUGUAGAAGAAGAGAAAACUGCACAAACACUCCAGGUUCAUACAAGUGCCAGUGUCCAAAAGGAUACAUUUGGAACGGGAAAAUCAAAAAUUGCUCAGGUAACAAUAUCUGGAUUUGUUUAGCGCAAUAAAAGGCUACAUUGACUUAAGCCCGUGAUCCAUUGCAGGUCAGCGGUUAAUUUCAUGAACGUAGGUCGAUUUCUCGGUAACGAAAAAAACAAAGAAUUUUCGCACAGAAAAUUAGGGAACCUCAACACUCGGCCUUACGGCCAGUGUAAUUAAAUGUAUUUCAGAUGUUGAUGAAUGCGCAAAAGGAACUCACAAAUGUAGAAGAAGAGAAAACUGCACAAACACUCCAGGUUCAUACAAGUGCCAGUGUCCAAAAGGAUACAUUUGGAACGGGAAAAUCAAAAAUUGCUCAGGUAACAAUAUCUGGAUUUGUUUAGCGCAAUAAAAGGCUACAUUGACUUAAGCCCGUGAUCCAUUGCAGGUCAGCGGUUAAUUUCAUGAACGUAGGUCGAUUUCUCGGUAACGAAAAAAACAAAGAAUUUUCGCACAGAAAAUUAGGGAACCUCAACACUCGGCCUUACGGCCAGUGUAAUUAAAUGUAUUUCAGAUGUUGAUGAAUGCGCAAAAGGAACUCACAAAUGUAGAAGAAGAGAAAACUGCACAAACACUCCAGGUUCAUACAAGUGCCAGUGUCCAAAAGGAUACAUUUGGAACGGGAAAAUCAAAAAUUGCUCAGGUAACAAUAUCUGGAUUUGUUUAGCGCAAUAAAAGGCUACAUUGACUUAAGCCCGUGAUCCAUUGCAGGUCAGCGGUUAAUUUCAUGAACGUAGGUCGAUUUCUCGGUAACGAAAAAAACAAAGAAUUUUCGCACAGAAAAUUAGGGAACCUCAACACUCGGCCUUACGGCCAGUGUAAUUAAAUGUAUUUCAGAUGUUGAUGAAUGCGCAAAAGGAACUCACAAAUGUAGAAGAAGAGAAAACUGCACAAACACUCCAGGUUCAUACAAGUGCCAGUGUCCAAAAGGAUACAUUUGGAACGGGAAAAUCAAAAAUUGCUCAGGUAAAAAUAUCUGGAUUUGUUUAGCACAAUAAAAGGCUACAAAAACUGCUCUUUUUGGUGACACGCACCUUUCUAUAAAUACCACAAAAAGAGCAGGUCAAAACUAGUGACUAUGGAAUAUUGUUGGAGACUAAAUUAAUAAACAAUGUUAUAUGGCCGCAUCUUUUCUAAAAACACAAAACUGGUGCGGAAUUUACAGACAUUAUUUUUACUGUAUCGCGCCCUUUUGCGCCAUUUCAGGCGUCCCCUCCAAAUUUUUUAUUUUCGCGAAAUACCCUUCGCCAGUUUUUCGUGUUUCUCUAGCAAACAUUUUCUUGAGCUCUUCCUCGACUUUUGUGGUUUUUACUCAGGUUUUCACUGUUUUUAAUCAAAUAUAUUUUUGAAAACAAAAAAAUGAAUUAUUUUAACACGGUGGGCUGUAAAUAACAAUGCAGUGUAUUCACCGUGAACCAGAAAAUAACUUUCCAUUCUGAGUAUUGACAUGAUCGACGGUCAUCACAAGUGACCUAAUUAGUGACCAUAAUAUUGAUUUUAAAAAGUAAUUACCACCGACGUCCACCGUAUCUCACCGACGACUAGUAUUGGGAUAAGAACUUAUAAUUCUUUUUAUGGGAUAUAUUUAGUCUUGAGAUAUAUUCUUUAUCACUGCCAUUGAAUGAAAUGUAAUUUCUUUGUGUAUUUUGGCUAUCUUUUUCCCAAAUUUCCUUUACACGAAAUCUAUCUUUCUUCAACAGCAACCAAACGUCCACGUUCUUGAGAACUUAUGUUCAUAACGUCAUGGUUGCGUUAAUGCCGUUGCAACAUAACUAGACGGUCGAGUCCAAAUCAUCUUUAAUUUUAUGACAAUCUAUAAUUUGCAAUACAGGUGAUCGACCUUGCGCAAAUUAAUCUAUUGCAUAGCUGUUAAUUUCUUUGUAUGAAAAAUAGAAUCUGUUCUGAAUUUAAAUGUAUGUUUUACAUUGCACUAUAAUGAAAUUAAAUCCUGAGCGCUUCCGGUAUUGUAACCGCCAGUGAUCCGCUGAUAAUUAUGCAAUUGUUAUUAUAUACAGUUUAAAUAAAGUAGAAAACAUGCAGGUAGUAAUUUUGUCUGCGCAUGCGCUAAGAUUCGCAUGGUAAACAUAAAAGGGAAAUGAGGCGAGUAAACAAAGCAAUUUGAUUUCUGUGUGUUUGCGCUGAUAAUUACUGCUGUUUGAAAGUCUCUGGAUUUUACAAAACGUGCCCUCGUUGAUUGCUAUGUAAUAUCAUUUGUCAUUUGACCCCAUCCCUAAGGCAGCUAAUACUACAGAUAAUAAUACCUCUAUUUUCAACUAGAAUAAAAACUACUUAUUUUGUUUUUUCAGAUAUCAACGAAUGUUCAACGCGCAGCCAUUCAUGUCAUAUUAACGCAAAAUGUAACAAUAGUGAAGGUUCUUAUAUCUGCUUCUGUCGCUUUGGAUUUUCCGGAGAUGGGAAGAAUUGCACAGGUAAAAAGUUAGGACUCCAAUGUUUUCUCGAAUGUUCUCAGUUUUCAGGAAUAUUAUAAUUCCUGGAACAAAUUGUGCUAUCCAAGAUGCAAUAAUAUUCCGCAAAAAGUUUAGAAAAGAUUUAAGCGCGACUUUUGUUGAAGAAACAAAAAGUAUCCGAGAUAUUGCUGUGUACAUUACCUCAGACACGUUAGAACUAUAUAAUUUAUUCCCACUGUCUAAUUUUGAAAACAAAGUACUGCAUAGUAUGUGGUACGGCGUGGUACGAUCUGGUAUAAUAUGGUGUCAUUAUAAUAUGGCGUGGAAUGACAUGGUAUGAUAUAGCAUUUAUUUAUAUGAUAUAGUAUGGCACAGUUCAAGAUGGUAUGGUAAAAUAAUAUUUAAAUAAUAUGGCAUUGUUUUAUUUACUGGUGUUAUUCUAUGGCAUGGUUUUAUACAGUGUUGGUUUCCAUUGCGAAUAAUGAAUGCAUUUGACAAAUUAAAAGUAUUUCAGAUGUCGAUGAAUCUGCAAAAGAACUCACAAAUAUAGGAGAAAAGCAAACUGCACAAACACUCCAGGUUCAUAUAAGUGCCAAUGUCCUAAUGGAAACAAAUGGAACGGAAAGAUUAAGAAAAUACUCAGUUACAAAUAUCUCAAUUUAUUUAUUGCAGUAAAAAGAACAAAAUACUGCGCCCUUUAUGGCGAGAGGUUGAACUAUAUCUAAACAAGACGCCUGCUCAUGCGUUCAUACUGGCCUAGACUUGGUUCAAGUCCGUCUCAGGAGAAAAGUAGGAAGAGACGGACUUGGGACAUUUGCAGCAUUUUGAAUGUUACUUGCAAAAAUUGGCGUAAAAAUUGGCUGUUGUUCUCAACUCGCAAACCACGUCUCCGUAGGAAAAACCCGACGGUAAAUUUUGGCGCGCUUGUAGGUUAUCCAAGUUCGUCUCUUCCUACUUUUCUCUCAUUUUUCGCGCCUUUUUUUAACUUCUUGCGUUCAUCGCUAUUUUCAAACCCUUGAGAGACGGACUUGAACUUGGACUGGCCCUAUAAUGCCUCCAAGUCACAAGUUACUUUCAAGGAUUUUAUAAUAUCUGUACACAGGCUAUAGUGUUUAACUAGUACACAGAUAAUCAAACAUUCGAGUACGUUAGGUUUAUAAAUUCAAAGAAAACUACUUCAAUAUGUAGUAUUAAAACAAACCGAAGGCCUCCAAAUCACAAACGUUUAAGGAUUUCAAAACGUCCGAAGACGGCUAUAGGGUUCAACUACACGCGUAAAAAUUGAGAAAAUCAACAACUUGUUCCAGGUUUAUAUCAACAGGCGUGAACAAGUUUGUGCGGCCCACUAUGAACAGUAUUGUCAACAUGUUGUUACAGCAUUGUUCAACUGUAACAACUUGGAACAACAUGGUUGACAACUUACUUAUAGUUGGCCGCACAACAUUGUUCACGCCUGUCGAUAUCAACUUGGAAUAACCUGUGCGUUUUUAGCCUUGUAAUUUCGUUUUUAACCUUGUAAUAUAGUUUCUGCUCCUUACCUGGCGGCCUUAUUGACUUAAGCCCGUGAUCCAUUGCAGGUCAGCGAUUAAUUUCAUGAACGUAGGUCGAUUUCUCGUUAACGAAAAAAACAAAGAAUUUUCGCACAGAAAAUUAGGGAAUCUCAACACUCGGCCUUACGGCCAGUGUAAUUAAAUGUAUUUCAGAUGUUGAUGAAUGCGCAAAAGGAACUCACAAAUGUAGAAGAAGAGAAAACUGCACAAACACUCCAGGUUCAUACAAGUGCCAGUGUCCAAAAGGAUACAUUUGGAACGGGAAAAUCAAAAAUUGCUCAGGUAACAAUAUCUGGAUUUGUUUAGCGCAAUAAAAGGCUACAUUGACUUAAGCCCGUGAUCCAUUGCAGGUCAGCGGUUAAUUUCAUGAACGUAGGUCGAUUUCUCGGUAACGAAAAAAACAAAGAAUUUUCGCACAGAAAAUUAGGGAACCUCAACACUCGGCCUUACGGCCAGUGUAAUUAAAUGUAUUUCAGAUGUUGAUGAAUGCGCAAAAGGAACUCACAAAUGUAGAAGAAGAGAAAACUGCACAAACACUCCAGGUUCAUACAAGUGCCAGUGUCCAAAAGGAUACAUUUGGAACGGGAAAAUCAAAAAUUGCUCAGACACGCUGGUCUCCAUUUUAUAUUUUCUGGUUUAAAAUUUGA